GCUCCGCCCCGCCAUGGCGCCGGAGGAAGGCACCGAGACCUCGCGCCUGCUGCGGAAUUUCGAACGCCGCUUCCUGGCGGCGCGCGCGGUGUGCUCGUUCCCCUGGCAGAGCCUAGAAGAGAAAUUACGGGACUCGGGUUCUGAGCUGCUGCUGGACAUUUUGCAGAAGACCGUGAAACAUCCUCUAUGUGUGAAGCAUCCACCGUCAGUGAAGUAUGCCCGGUGCUUUCUCUCGAAGCUCAUCAGAAAGCACGAAGCUGUCCACCAGGAGCCUUUGGAUGAACUGUACGAGGCAUUGGCAGAAGUCCUGACAGCCGAGGAGCCCGCUCAGUGCCACCGGACCUAUCUGCUGCCUUCUGGGAACUCGGUCACACUCUCCGAGAGCACAGCCAUCAUUUCCCAUGGCACCACCGGCCUGGUCACGUGGAAUGCUGCGCUCUACCUUGCAGAAUGGGCCCUAGAGAACCCGGCGGCUUUCACUCACAGGACUGUCUUAGAGCUCGGCAGUGGAGCCGGCCUCACAGGCCUGGCCAUUUGCAAAAUGUGCCAUCCUAGAGCAUAUAUAUUCAGCGACUGUCACAGCCAUGUCCUCCAGCAGCUCCGAGGGAACAUCCUUCUCAAUGGCUUCUCGUUGGAAUCAGAUGCCACCACCCCAGCGCAGCACACAGGACACAAUACCCACAACUCAGAGAGCCCCAUGGUGACAGUGGCACAGCUGGACUGGGAUGUUGUGACGGCCCCUCAGCUCGCUGCCCUCCAGCCAGACAUCAUCCUCGCGGCAGAUGUGCUGUAUUGCCCAGAAAUUAUCCUGUCCCUGGUCAGGGUCCUGCAGAGGCUCUCUGCUUGCCAGAAGGACCGGCGGGUUCUUGAUGCCUACAUUGCCUUCACCAUCCGCAACCCCGAGACAUGCCAGCUCUUCACCACCGAGCUAGGCCAGGCUGGGAUCUCAUGGGAAGCGGUGCCUCGUCACAACCAAAAACUAUUUCCCUAUGAAGAGCACUCGGAGAUGGCAAUUCUGAAACUAAUGCUCUAGGUGUAUAAACUUUUUUGAAAACUACCAUGAAAGUUAAGUCACCUGG